CUGAAUGCCUUCUCUAAAGCUCUGACAGGGUUAGCGAGUCAGUCGGCUGCAGGCUGUCGGCGGAGUAGGUUGGCGUGGUGCUUCCUCUCCUCCGUCCAUCGUUUCAUUCCCGCUGUGCUCCUCUCUCUCACUCCGUCGCAGAGAUGUCCGGGGCGGUUCUGCUGGCGGCGGCCGCCGGGGUCGUCGUCGUCCUGGCCUUCCUGCUGCUGCUCUACAUAGUGCUGCCCGUAAGCAGCCCGACGACCAUGCCGCUGUCUGGCGCCCACGUCGUGGUAACUGGUGGUUCCAGUGGCAUUGGGAAAUGCGUUGCCAUCGAAUGCUUUAAGCAAGGGGCUUUUAUAACACUUAUUGCAAGAAAUGAGUGCCGGCUAUUGGAAGCAAAGAAAGAAAUUGAGAAGUUCUCAGUUAAUGAUAAGCAGGUUGUGCAUUGUAUCUCUCUUGAUGUUUCCAAAGAUGCUGCAAAUGUGGAAAGGGCCCUUAAACAGGCUCAAGAGAAGUUGGGUCCAGUUGACAUGCUUGUAAAUUGUGCUGGAACAUCAAUUAAUGGAAAGUUUGAAGAUACUGACAUCAGUAUGUUUGAACAAUUGAUGGCUAUCAACUAUCUGGGUAGUGUCUACCCAACUCGGGCAGUAGUUACCACCAUGAAGGAACGGAGGAGGGGAAGGAUUGUGUUUGUGUCAUCCCAGGCUGGACAAGUUGGACUGUUUGGUUAUACUGCUUAUUCUUCAACAAAGUUUGCUCUUCGAGGACUAGCUGAAGCUUUGCAAAUGGAGGUAAAGCCCUAUAAUAUCUACGUAACAGUUGCCUAUCCUCCAGAUACAGACACACCUGGCUUUGCAGAGGAAAGUCAGACAAAGAUUUUGGAGACUAAGCUUAUUUCAGAAACAUCAUCGGUCUGCAAACCUGAUCAUGUGGCCAGAAUAAUUGUUAAAGAUGCCAUUCAAGGAAAAUUUGCCAGUUCUGUUGGCACAGAUGGUCACAUGUUAACAAUAUUGACUGGUGGAAUGUCGCCUAUCUCUUCUCUUGCUGAAGCCCUACAGGCGCUUAUUUUCCUGGGCUUUUUCCGCUUGCUUGCCCUGUAUUAUAUAGCAGGUUUUGACAGCAUAGUUCGUCGUUGCAUGGCAAAAAAAGAGAAAUCUGAAAAGACGGACUGAAACAGAAUGGGUGCUAUUUAAAAAGUUGGACAGUUUGCUGCUAAAUGGGACUGUAUCUGUGGCCUGAGUAUGUCUCACAGAAAUGUGGAAGAGGUGAUAUCUUCGGUGGUGAAAGAAGGAAACUGAACUAGAAAAAGAGACUAUGCAAAGGUGCUAAUGAAGAAAACUGGGUUUUUUGGGUUGUUGUUGCUUUUCUGUGAUUUCAAGGAAUAACCAGAUUGUUGCCUUAGAAGUAAGCUUUUUGAGAAGAGUAGAACUUAAGAGUGACCUAUUUUGAUGGUAAUUCUGGACCAAUACUAAUUGUCAGCAGUGAUGAAAGAGUUAAUUCUGUUAUCCACUUCUUAAUCUGAGGACUGAUUUGGUAAAUUCCUCCCACACAACAGUAACACCUCAACUCUCCUACAGAAGGCCCAGCUUGUGUAUUAUUUUGAUUACAUGGUUUCUGCCAGGGAACUGGACCUUGUAGGCCCUGUUCUGCAUGAGUUGGUUCAAAUGGCUGUGCAAAGUCUAGUCAAAGCAGCAAAAACUAUCCAAAGAUGAAAUAUUUCAGCUCUGGGACAAUACAUGAAUUGGGCCAAAGUCUUUUGUGAAGAGGCAGUUUUUAAAUAUAGCAUAUUAAUUUGUUGAGGGGAGAGUUCUCUUUAAAUGAGCUGCCCCCUCCUUGAGAUAGGAGGCGAUAUUUGCAUGUGGAUAUUACCAAGCUGGAGAAUCAAUAUUUGAAUUGGCUCUUGGGAAACCUCAUUUGAGAUUGAGUUUUCUCCCACCAGAUUGUUGGAUUUUGACAUUCCACUCUUGACACAUGUGGUGAGUUGUGAUAAUAUUGUGUUAAAUGCUAUAUUAAGGAAUUUCUUGAUGGCAGAGCUUUACGCAUAUGAUCUCUGCAGGAGAAAUGACGUAUGCUUUAAAUAGUUGUAGAUCUUCAGCAGAGAUCAAGGACCCCCGAUCCUUACUGAGAUACUAGGGGAGGACUAUAAGCAAAACAGAAGUUGUCCAUUUUUUUGUUAUCUGUAACACGUUCAUGUUUAUUUUUGCCAGCUCUGUAAAAGACAGGUGGGCUUUAACACUGUAGAAAUUGAAGGAGAGAAUAGGGUGCUAGAGAGAACUUAAUGUAGCACAAGGAAGUGCCUAGGUCCUUACUCUGAUGGUGCAGUGGAACUUGCAAAACUAUAUUGUCUCUAAGGUUUCAUUCACAGCAUGCCAAUCUUAUUACCUACAUGGAAUCUGGACUUACACAAAAUCCCUGAGUGGAUUUUGGGAACCAUAUUUGCUGUGUAUAAAUUGACUGGUUCCCAUUGGUUGCAGAUACGCUGAACCCCAGUGUUGAACUGGUUCAUAAAAAUUCCUGCUACCCUUUGUCAUUUUCCAAGUGCCUAAAAGACUGUUAAGAGACUCUACUUGCCAGUUUGUUGGUUAGCCAAGAUUUUCUUCAAAAAAUAAAAUAAAAAGGGAAACACUUUUUAAACUGCCCUUUGGAGAACAUUAUUCAAAUCAAGUCCAGCAGCUUCUGGUUCAAUUAUAGUCUUCCAAUUUUAAUAGAUUUUUAGAUUCUCAAAAUAGAUGAAAUCACAAUACCAACUGCUUGAGAUUAAUACUAUAGUAGUUAUGUUUACUUGUUUUUGGUACAGUUACCCAGCUGUUUUGUAAGUAAACCUGGAAAGUGCCAAUCCAAACAAAAGCACUUGGAGCAUUGGGCUUUUUGAGGGGCUGAGAGGAUUGCCAGUUAGAAGGGAAGGAAGGAAAUAAUGUAGAAACAAUAACGGAUAAACUGGGCUUGGUGUUGUCGCAAAAGCAUAAAAACUUGCUUCGUAUCAUUCCGGUUAGUAACUGAGUCACAAAAAGCAUCUUUGCAUUUAUGUCUUGCUACUGUUUUAAUGGGAACUGUUGCAAGGAGAAUUUGCUCUCCCUGUUUGCCAUAAUGCUUUGGUUUUCUAGACCUGCUAGGAUAGCCCUUCAAGCUGGCCAACACACUUAGUUCAAAUAAUAAAUUCUAGAUCCUUUAAAGCAAUUUGGACAUGCCAAAUAAUCAACAGUUUAAAGAAGAACGAAUCUCUUCUACAUGUGCUUAAUGACAUGUUAACUUUCCUGUUCAUUCUGCGCCUUUACUGUGCUUAUCUGUGGAUGGAUUAUGCCCUUGGUUUCUUCAGUGUCUUGAACUAAAACAAAAAAUUCUAAUGUUAUGGAGCAUUAUCGCUCAUUUGACUCAAAUACAUGUAUGCUAAAGAACAAAUGGAAGUGGGUAACUAGCUUACAAAUGUAUACUGUGAAAAACUUUAGGCACUUUUAAAUGUUAAUAUUGAAUGAAGCUAAAACUCAUAGCUCAUUUAUGCUUGCUGUUUCAUGAAGUGUUGUGCCAGAAUACUAAAUUUUAAUAUUUUGUAUUCACCAAAUAAAUGAAAAUUGCAUUUAA